CUCUCCGACUGGACAUCAAGCGGAAGCUGACGGCCCGCUCUGACCGGGUGAAGAGCGUGGACCUGCACCCCACGGAGCCAUGGAUGCUGGCCAGCCUCUACAACGGCAGUGUCUGUGUUUGGAACCAUGAAACACAGACUCUGGUGAAGAAUUUUGAAGUGUGUGACCUGCCUGUGAGAGCUGCCAAGUUCGUGGCAAGGAAGAACUGGGUCGUUACUGGAGCUGAUGACAUGCAGAUCAGAGUUUUUAAUUACAACACCCUGGAGAGAGUUCACAUGUUUGAGGCUCAUUCUGACUACAUCCGAUGCAUUGCAGUGCACCCCACGCAGCCCUUCAUCCUCACAAGCAGUGACGACAUGCUGAUCAAACUCUGGGACUGGGAUAAGAAAUGGUCUUGUUCUCAGGUGUUUGAAGGACACACCCAUUACGUCAUGCAGAUUGUCAUAAACCCAAAAGACAAUAACCAGUUUGCCAGUGCCUCUUUGGAUAGGACAAUUAAGGUGUGGCAGCUGGGAUCAUCCUCUCCCAACUUCACCUUGGAAGGCCACGAGAAAGGAGUGAACUGCAUUGACUAUUACAGUGGUGGGGACAAGCCAUACCUCAUUUCUGGGGCAGAUGAUCGUCUGGUGAAGAUCUGGGACUACCAGAAUAAAACCUGUGUGCAGACAUUGGAAGGCCACGCUCAGAACGUGUCAUGUGUCAGCUUCCAUCCGGAGCUGCCCAUCAUCAUCACUGGCUCUGAAGAUGGCACGGUGCGGAUCUGGCACUCCAGCACUUACCGCCUGGAGAGCACCCUGAACUACGGCAUGGAGAGGGUGUGGUGUGUGGCCAGCCUCAGGGGCUCCAACAACGUGGCUUUGGGAUAUGAUGAAGGCAGCAUUAUUGUUAAGCUUGGUCGUGAAGAACCUGCCAUGUCCAUGGAUGCAAAUGGAAAAAUUAUUUGGGCUAAACAUUCCGAAGUCCAACAGGCUAACUUGAAAGCGAUGGGAGACGCUGAGAUCAAAGAUGGAGAGAGGUUGCCACUGGCUGUGAAGGAUAUGGGCAGCUGUGAAAUCUAUCCUCAGACGAUCCAGCACAACCCUAAUGGACGGUUCGUGGUGGUAUGUGGUGAUGGUGAAUACAUCAUUUACACAGCCAUGGCUCUGAGGAACAAGAGCUUUGGUUCUGCACAGGAGUUUGUGUGGGCACAUGACUCUUCAGAGUAUGCAAUCAGGGAGAGCAACAGUGUUGUAAAGAUAUUUAAAAAUUUCAAAGAGAAGAAGUCAUUCAAGCCUGAUUUUGGAGCAGAAGGCAUCUACGGUGGCUUUUUGUUGGGAGUCAGAUCUGUCAAUGGCCUGGCAUUCUAUGACUGGGAGAACACAGAGCUGAUUCGCAGGAUUGAAAUCCAGCCCAAACAUGUAAGGUUCUGCAUGGGACUGAAGACACUUACCUGUCUGGGUUUAGAGAUUUAUAUUUUUUUUACUAAACUAAUUUUCUUGGCAAAGUACCUGUCAGAAAAAGUGGCAGCAGCCCAAGAAACACAUGAAGGUGUCACUGAAGAUGGAAUUGAAGAUGCCUUUGAGGUUCUUGGUGAGAUCCAGGAGAUUGUGAAAACAGGUCUGUGGGUGGGUGACUGCUUCAUUUACACCAGUUCUGUGAACAGACUCAACUACUACGUUGGAGGAGAGAUUGUCACCAUUGCCCACCUGGACAGAACAAUGUAUCUCCUGGGGUAUAUCCCGAAGGACAACAGGCUGUAUUUGGGAGAUAAAGAGUUAAACAUUGUUAGUUACUCUCUGCUGGUCUCAGUGCUGGAGUAUCAAACUGCUGUGAUGAGGAGAGAUUUCGGCAUGGCUGACAAAGUUCUUCCCACAAUCCCAAAAGAACAGAGAACCCGGGUCGCACAUUUUCUUGAAAAACAGGGGUUCAAACAACAAGCUCUUGCAGUAUCUACAGAUCCAGAGCAUCGUUUUGAACUUGCUCUUCAACUUGGAGAAUUAAAAAUAGCCUAUCAGCUUGCAGUGGAAGCAGAGUCAGAACAGAAGUGGAAGCAGCUUGCAGAGCUUGCCAUCAGUAAAUGCCAGUUUGGCUUAGCCCAGGAGUGUCUCCACCAUGCCCAAGACUAUGGAGGACUGCUGCUCCUGGCCACAGCUUCAGGGAAUGCCAACAUGGUGAAUAAGUUGGCUGAAGGUGCAGAAAAGGAUGGCAAGAAUAACGUGGCAUUUAUGAGCUACUUCCUGCAGGGAAAGCUUGAUUCAUGUUUGGAACUCCUGAUCAAAACUGGGCGUCUCCCUGAAGCCGCUUUCCUUGCACGGACGUAUUUGCCAAGCCAAGUUUCAAGGGUUGUUAAACUCUGGCGGGAGAACCUCUCUAAAGUCAAUCAAAAAGCUGCCGAGUCCCUUGCUGAUCCUACAGAAUAUGAAAAUCUUUUCCCUGGAUUAAAGGAAGCUUUUAUUGCUGAAGAGUAUGUUAAGCAAAGUCUUGCUGACUUGAGGCCAGCCAGGGAAUACCCCCUUGUCACUCCAAAUGAAGAAAGAAACUUACUUGAAGAAGCAAAAGGAUUUGAGCCCUCUGGAAUAAUGACAUCUCAGAAGAAGGCUGAAGAACCAGUUCCUUCUCCUAAACAAGAAGUGAUGAAGACAGUUGUGCAGAAUUCUGAUAACCUUCCAGCAAGAGAUCAAAAGACACUGCUGGACUUGGAAGAUGACUUAGAUAACUUGGAUCUGGAGGAUAUUGAUACCACAGAUAUCAAUCUGGAUGAAGAGAUCUUAGAUGAGUGAACAUCCAUUUUUAGUUGACCAAAUCAGGAAAUAAUUUGGUCAAAACCCAGAGGAAUGAAGUUCUGUGGACUAGGUGCUCCAAGUUACUUUGAUUUUUAUAUCACAAGUGGACCAUGUACAAGGAAGUACGGAGCCAGCAACUGUACAAAGAGAAUCACCUUCCAGUAUGUUGAAAUUCAAGAUGUUGGCCUGCUCCAGAACAUACUAAAAAAUGUUUUCAUUUAUCAAGCAAUUCAAUAAAUCCUUUUAAACAUUC